AAAAACCUAAAAGUAGGUUCGAUACGUUUGGCACUAGAGUGUCGAUAAAGCGCUUGCUAAACAGCAGACAUAUCUUAAACCCGAUAUUGCUGGUUACAAAGAGAAUCUGUCUGUACUACGAUCGAAGAUUUCAGGGUAAAAGUUGGUAGGCGUGGGCAUAGACAGUUAUCUUUGAUUCUAUUUGUCGCAGCUCUUAAUAGAAGUGCGGUUAGUAUUGCAUACUGAAAACGUAGCGGUACAUAGACACUGUUUUCUUGUGGCUACUGCUUUUUCAGGUAAAACAUGUCCAAUUUCUCGGCUAUCGAGUCUCGGCCGCUGUUGGUAACAGAUCAGAUCAACGAACUACUCGACUUUGACGACGACGACGAGUUUUUCAAUGAGACUGUAGACGAGUUUGAGGAGCAAAUGCAAGUUGGUCUUGAAGAACUAAAUUCAUUGUGGGCGACGCAGACCCAUCCGGAAUUCAGCAAAAAGGCGCACUUUCUAAAGGGAUCAUGUCUUGCCUUGGGCUGCGAGCGUGUGGCGUUCAUACUAUCGAAACUGGAGAUAGAGAGUCCGGGGAAAGAUGACGAGGAGUUCUGUAUACGCGCUCUCAAAAUACUGACAGAGUCUUGGCAGAAUACACUGCCACUGCUGAAGGGAUACCCGGAUUUCAAGCGAGCAUCCGAAUGAGUGUUGCUUCGACAGAGUUGUGUAUGAGUAUUGUGCAUGUGUGACGGACGUCGCAUAGAUGUGAUACGUGGUCUGAUGAGAUCGAUGGAUGUGACUGGUAUCUCGUAGAUGGGUUAGAUAUGAGGUGUAUCUGCUAUAGUGGGUGCUUCUGCGCUGCUUCAGUAUUUCCCAGGGAACAUUUGACGAACUAGAAUUUAAUAUUCAAUGUACAUCCAGCAACAGCCGUCGCGGGUUAAAUGCUACAUAGAUACCAAGUUCAGUGGGAAAGAAACCGGAUCUUAAGCAGAAUAGGUGAUGUGUGCAGAGAUGAAGGCAAUUCCUGCUGUAAGUCCUCCGUUAGACUACGCAUGGCCGUGCCGAAUGCAUCAGAUAUAUCAUUUGUCAGGUGCUGAGCUUCGCACUGGCAGCGACCAAUUACAUCCAAACAACUGUUAACGCCGGUGGGGGGAGUUUUGGAAUACCACCGACAUGAAGGUGACUCGAAACGCUCGAUAGACCCCCCGUUCUGCCUUCGGAGCUUCCCUGGAUCUGGCUUGGUACCUAAUUAGGAGAGAAAAUAUCUGAGGGACUCUGAGUAGAUACCAUUUAACACCUGCUGUGUGCAGGAUAGUUGUACGUCCUUGAGAUCUAUGCGCUCACACGAUGAGCACAAAAUCGGCCGAGUCGAGGUGAAACCGC